AUGGUAGACUCAGGUAUGUCCUAAGAGGAAAUAUUCGAAGAACAAUACUCAGAAUUGGAAGCUCUGCAAUGCAUAUAUAUGGAUGAUUUCUUGAUACUCUAGGAGAAGCCUUACAAGAUUGAGAUUAUGCUGAAUGCAAGCAACGAAUCAGACUAUAAAAAUCACUUGAAGAUGAAGAUGAUUAUUGACUUGCCAGAGACCUACCCUAACUAAGUGCCUAAUAUCAGAAUUAAGAACCUGUGCUAGGACAUCAUUGACAACAACCUUAUGAUUCAGUUUGAGCAGAUGGUUAUGACCAAGGCAGAGGAGAGUAUCGGCAACCAGAUGAUCUAUGAUGUAUGCGAGCAUUUAAGAGAGAAACUUUCAGAUAUGAAUGAUAAAAUUCUAUUCAAGCUAAAAGAGAUCGAAGAGUUCAAUUCAGUAGACAAGGCACUUAAAGCAGUGACCAUUUCAUAGGACGCUCCAAUGAACUUCACUCCUGUUAACGCAGAGACCUUUGCCAGAUGGUUGGCUGAUUACAAGGAAAAGCAGAGAAAGCUGAAGGAGGAGUAGAAAUCAGAUGUUGAACUUAAAAUGACUGGCAGAGAGCUAUUCCAAAUAAAGAGCAAAGUUAUUGACGAGAUUAACAUUGAUGAAGAGGAUGAAGGCGAUGAAGAAUUCAAGAAUGACGAGGGUGAUGAAGAAGAAGAGGAAGAUACAUUCGUAUAUGACAAAGCUUUGUAUGUAAAUGAUGAGCAAGAAGAAGAAGAGGUAGACUUUGAUUGA